AUGCAAUCGAAUAUAGACUAUAGCAAGUCCAGUUUGCUAUCUCCACUUGAGAGCCAGGUUCUCACCCAGUACCAAUUUUUGAAUUCCCAACUCAUUACGCUCAAUAACGAAAUCAGCAAGUUGACCCAUAAGUCCAAGCCCGAAGACACGGAUGAAGACACGGAAGAGUGGAGUCAGACACGUUCGACUGGAGUGGGACAUUUGUUAUUAGAUAACUUGAGAAAUCUUGAAAUGAAGAUAGGAUUGAUCCAUACUUUAUUCAAGGGGGCUGUGUAUGCACUUUUCCUCGAGCAGGACAAUGCUGAUUUGGGGAAGCAAGAGGACGAAGAUGAGGAACAGGAAGAGGAGGAGGAACAAGAAGAUAGCGAAGGAGAGGUGCUUGAUGUGGAUGCUGAUGUGACCAGAGACCAUAUCGAGGUAGAGUAG